AGCUGACUCGUCAGAUGACGGUCACGUGUGUCGUGUCUCGGUCACGUGUCCGGUCAGCUGACUCCUCCUCCUCAGAGACUCUGUGACGGACGGACAGGAUGCCUUUCUCCGAGCUGUACUUCAACGUGGACAACGGCUACCUGGAGGGGCUGGUCCGGGGCUUCAAGGCCGGGAUACUGUCGCAGGCGGACUACCUGAACCUGGUGCAGUGCGAGACUCUGGAGGACCUGAAGCUCCACCUGCAGAGCACCGACUAUGGCAGCUUCCUGGCCAACGAGGCGUCUCCUCUCACCGUGUCCGUCAUCGACGACAAGCUGAAGGAGAAGAUGGUGGUGGAGUUUCGCCACAUGAGGAACCAGUCGUACGAGCCGCUGGCCAGCUUCAUGGACUUCAUCACGUACAGCUAUAUGAUCGAUAACGUCAUCCUGCUGAUCACCGGUACCCUCCACCAGCGAGCCAUCUCUGAGCUGGUGCCAAAGUGUCACCCGCUGGGCAGCUUCGAGCAGAUGGAGGCGGUCAACAUCGCCCAGACCCCCGCCGAGCUGUACAACGCCAUCCUGGUGGACACGCCCCUUGCUGCAUUCUUCCAGGACUGCAUAUCUGAACAGGACUUGGAUGAGAUGAACAUUGAAAUCAUUCGUAACACACUUUACAAGGCUUACCUGGAGGCUUUCUACAAGUUCUGCUCCAACCUCGGAGGAACCACGGCUGACACCAUGUGUCCUAUUCUGGAGUUCGAGGCGGACAGGAGAGCCUUCAUCAUCACCAUCAACUCGUUCGGCACCGAGCUGUCCAAGGAGGACCGCGCCAAGCUCUUCCCCCACUGCGGCAAGCUUUACCCAGAAGGCCUUGCUCAGCUGGCCCGGGCAGACGACUACGAUCAGGUCAAGAUCGUCGCUGAUUUCUAUCCAGAGUACAAGCUGCUGUUCGAAGGAGCCGGCAGCAACCCGGGCGACAAAACACUGGAGGACCGUUUCUUUGAGCACGAGGUGAAGCUGAACAAGCUGGCCUUCCUCAACCAGUUCCACUUCAGCGUCUUCUACGCCUACGUCAAGCUGAAGGAGCAGGAGUGCAGGAACAUCGUGUGGAUCGCCGAGUGCAUCGCCCAGCGGCACCGCGCCAAGAUCGACAACUACAUCCCCAUCUUUUGAGCUUCCUCUUCCUCCUCCUCCUCCUCCUCAUUCCUCCCAUCAUCAUUUCAUUCAUGUCUUGAGCAGUGUCCCACCUCGGUGUUAAACAUUCUGACGGUUCGAUGCUAAAUCUCCUGCAUUCUUCACUCGCAGGUGUAAAUUGGUUUUUCGGCAACUUUCUUUCGGAGUUAUUUCUUACAAUGCAAAACACACAAACAUCUUAGAUGCUGUGUUUUCAGCUGUAAGAAGUCACAUGAGUUCAGUCAAACAGAGGUGGUUGGUGCUUCUUUAAAUCAGCUCUGCAGAUAAAGGAGGCCACUCAUUUGACUUUCAAACACUCACCUCUGUUUGUCUAAACGUUCUGUCGCUCGAUGUGUUGUUUUUAACGGCAUGCCCUGUUUACCUGACAUGUCAGCUGACAAAAUACAAGGAGAAGAAUUUGCAAUUUACUCACCGCCGUCAUGCCAGAAAAGAAAAAGCUUUGACUUUAUUUCCAGCGCAGCACACAACCACCAUCUUUUUUGGAGAUCAUGUCAAUCUCUAGAGCUGCAGCUUGCUCUCUGUUUUGGGGAUUUAUCAGCCACCAAAAUGUCCAAAAUCAGAACAAACCGCAGAAGUUCAGCCAGUCAUGAAAACAUUCCUCUGCUCAUCAUCAGUCCCCACCAGGCUUCAUAAAACCUGUAUUUAUUUCUGUUUUAGUGCUAUUUUUUGUCGGCAUGUCUGGUCAUAACUGUGGUUUACCCCCCCUCCCCCCUUAAACAAAACCUUUAAAAGUUUGAAGCGUGUGAGCCCCCGACCUGAUUUGCUGUCUUAACUAGAUCGUUGUUAGAUAUUAAAAGAAUACAGCAGCUGAGCUUCCCGUCCCCGAGUUUGUGUAAAUGAACGUGCUGGAAUGAGGUGAAAUCUUGUGAGUAUACGACCGACUUAAUGUUCAAACUUUACAAAGAUAUAUAGAUAUUUAAAGAUGACUCUAUGAUUUUGUUUAUUCAUGUUGUAAAAAAAAAAAAUGUUGAUUUGUUUCUGUUUCUUACUUGUGGAAUGUGUACUGUAAAUGUAACGAAAAAAAUAAAUAGAACU